CCCAGGGCUGGAGGCCCAGGAGCUCCGAGAGGAUCCUCCGCCGAGGUGGGCAGCGCGGCAGGGGCCCGGGGAGACGGACCGGUCUCAGGGCCCCACGACCGGCUUUCCUGUGUCACCGCCGCAGGCAGGCGGGCCACCGAGCUCCAGGAGGAGGGACCCUGAGGACUCCGAUGAAGAACGGGCCCCGAGGCAGCACGUGAAAACUUCCUGGGUGGCCUGCAGAAGGGAACACAGUAAACACCAGAAGAACUCAGGAGAAAGGAGAUGGACAUGAAGGUGUACAUCCUACAAGAAAGAAAGGGCCAUGUGUACCAAGAGGUCAACGAACCCCAGGAUGAUGACUACCUUUAUUGUGAGAAGUGUCAGAAUUUCUUCAUCGACAGCUGUGCUGUGCAUGGGCCCCCUACAUUUGUAAAGGACAGUGCAACGGACAAGGGACAUCCCCACCGCUCAGCCCUCACCCUGCCCCCCGGGUUGAGAAUCAGGCCAUCGGGCAUCCCUGAGGCUGGGCUAGGAGUGUGGAAUGAGGCAGCUGACUUGCCAGUGGGUCUGCACUUUGGCCCUUAUGAAGGACACAUCACAGACGAUGGAGAGGCAGCCAAGAGCAGAUACUCCUGGCUGAUCGCCAAAGGGAGAAACUGCUACGAGUAUGUGGAUGGAAAGGACAGGUCCUGGGCCAACUGGAUGAGGUAUGUGAACUGUGCCCGGGAUGAUGAAGAGCAGAACCUGGUGGCCUUUCAAUACCACGGGCAGAUUUUCUACCGAACCUGCCGGGUCAUCAGGCCGGGCUGUGAGCUGCUGGUGUGGUGUGGGGAUGAGUAUGGCCAGGAGCUGGGCAGCAAGUGGGGCAGCAAGUGGAAAACAGAGCUUGCAGCCAGGAGAGCAGAACCAAAGCCAGAGGUGCACCCAUGUCCCUCCUGCUCUCUGGCCUUCUCCAGUCAGAAAUUCCUCAGCCAACACGUGAAACUCAAUCAUCCCUCUCAGAUUCUCCAGGGAACAUCUGCAAGACAACAUCUCCAAGCAGAGGAACUUUGUCCAGAGGAUCAGAAUCCGCACCACCAACAUAUUAGUACACACAGCUGGAAUGAUAAAGCUGAAGGUCAGGAAGUUAAAGAAAGGUCUAAACCUGUGCUUAAAAGGGUCAGUCAGAGGAGAAUCUUAAGGCCCUUUUUUCAAACUUCCAAGGAACAAAUGAAGAGCUCUAGUGAGCAUGAGAGAAUGAUGGAGGAAGAGCCCUGCAGAGGCCAGAAAGAGAGUCCAGAGGGCACAGGCAAGUUAUUUGUGAAAGCAGGAAUGUCAAGAAUUGUAGCAAUAGAGCACGGAGGGUGUUGGCAAGGCUUCAGUGAUGGGUCACAUCUCAUCACACACCAGAGGACACACUCAGGGGAGAAGCCCUAUGUUUGCAGGGAGUGCGGGCGAGGCUUUACACGGAAGUCACAUCUCAUCACACACCAGAGGACACACUCAGGGGAGAGGAGCAAGAAAGAGCCAGUGAGUGACCCUGAGACACCCCACCGCCCACCACCACAGCCCGUCGUGGCAGCCUCCAGGAACAACCCCGCCCCCGCCCCGGCCACACCCAGCCCCUGGUCCGACCGGGCCCCCGGGGACCACGUCCCAGGGGGGCAGGAAGACGCUGAGGAGGAACAGACGCUCUACAUAAAAGUUCACCACGGGCUGAACAACGAGGAAAGGGCUCCUGCCUACCCUGUGCCUCCCCCAAGGGUGACCCACGCGCUGUCUGCGGACCGGCGCUGCAGAAAACCCUCACCAACCGGUUAA